AUGAUAACAAUGAAUAGUUCACAAUUAAAUUUAUUUAAUCAUCAAAUAAGUGCAUAUAAAUAUCUUAUACGUAAUCAACCUAUACCAGAACAACAUCUUAUUGUUAUAAAACGGCAUCAACAACAAUAUUAUUCAUCUAAACAAUUAUCAAAUUCUUCUUCAUCAUCUCUAAAUGAUUCAUCUCGUUAUAAAUCUUCACCUAUAAAUGGUAAUAUACCAUCACGUUAUUAUCCACCAAUGCCAAUAAAUUAUCAAAAUCAAUCUGUACCACCAAUUCCAUCAAUACCUGAUAAUGUAACAAAUACAAAUUAUUCAUCAUCAACACGUAUAAAUAAUCAUCGUUUAACAGCAAUAACAAAACCUAUUGGUAUUGAUGUACAAGAAGUUCAUAAUGAACGUGAUAAUCGUAUACAAAGUAAUAUUUUAAUACGUAUAAAUGAAUUAGAAAAACUUUUACAAAUUAUAACACAAGAUAAUUAUCGUACACGUAUAAUGAUUGAAUUAAAAGCAUUAAAAUUAUUAAAUUUUCAAAGACAAUUACGUUCAGAAAUUGUAACAUGUAUGCGUUUAGAUACAAAUCUUGAAACAGGUACAAAUCCACGGUUAUAUAAACGUCCAAAACAAUUUGGUUUACGUGAAGCACGUACAACUGAAAAAUUAGAAAAACAACAAAAAGCUGAAAUUGAUCGUAAACGUCGACAAAAACAUCAAGAAUAUUUAACAGCUAUUCUAACAGUUGCACGUGAAUUUAAAGAAUAUCAUAAAACAAUACAAUUAAAAACAAAUAAAUUAGCACGUUCAAUUGUAUCAUGGCAUCAAAAUACUGAACGUGAACAAAAAAAAGAACAAGAAAAACGUGAACGUGAACGUAUGCGCCGUUUAAUGAAUGAAGAUGAAGAUGGUUAUAGAAAAUUAAUUGAUGAAAAAAAAGAUAAACGUUUAGCUUAUUUAUUAUCACAAACAGGAGCAUAA